GUUCGACACUCUUUUACCGUAUACCCUAAGGACUUUCUGGAUGGGAAAUAAAAGCUUACAACAGAAGAACUCGUCUUGUUGAUUGCUCACACUUAAGUGCCGCUACUUUCGCUUCUCAGACUACCGUCUCCUGCUACAUGUCAUCCUCAAAUACCAAUGCUCAACUACGCUCGUCGACGGGACAUGUUCUUCUGCCUGCGUUCAACUCUAACGACGACCCUGUCCUUGUCCCGCUUGUCACCAGUCGUAACCUUGUCAGCUGGACCUUCGGGCGCGGUACUGUGAUUUGGCGAAUAUGGCCUGCAGUGCUCCUACACACUAUUUUUGCGGCCAUCGUUGUGACAGUAUCGCUGACAACGAGCGUAAAACUAGGAAUCCCGAACGUCAUGCUCACCCUUCUCGGUGUGGUGAUAGGCUUCGUCAUUUCCUACCGCGCGAGUUCUGGGUAUGAUCGGUACUACCAAGGUCGCAGUGCUUGGUCAGAUCUCGCUCGGACAUCCAGAACAUUCAGUCGCCUGAUCUGGAUACACACACCACUCAAGAUGUCUCCUGCACCGCCUAACGCCGACGGCACAAGUGCGGAGAUUGAUGCGUCAGUCGCACGGCGUAUCAUGGCGGAGAAGCGUACCGCGCUCGGCCUGGUGGAAGGCUUUGUCGUCUCUGUUAAGCACCAUCUCCGAGGUGAGAUGGGCAUUUAUUACGAGGACCUGUAUCCCCUGGUCAAGCCUCUCCACAACCAUCCCCAUCACCAGCGAAACAAACAGACCCAGCCUCCGCCAGAAGAGACUCCAGAAACGGUCUCCUCCCCGCGAGACCUUCACCCCGAAGACCCUCCAAAGGCGCUGCUACGCAACCCCGCCUCGACUUCCUCACACCUCCCACGACCCUCUCUCUCGCAUCACUCCUCUCGCAACUUCGUCAUACCCCCGAUCAACGCCUACGGCACAUUCACCCCUCCGUCCCUCCACAUCCCACCCGCGCUCUCGCGCUCUUCCUCGCCUUCACUUUCCGAUUCCUCGAGUGAGCAUGGCGCGGACCGCCAGCCGCUCCUCCCCGGGGCGGUACCGGAGGGCGCGGGCCGGCGCGGGCUCUUCGGCUCAGUCGCCUCAGACUUGGUGCCCUUCUCAGCCGUCUGGCGUGCCGUAGGAUACGCGUUCGGGUGGCGAGGACGAAAUGGCAGGACUGACGCGGCGGGGCCGGGAACUGAUGUUGAAGACCAGGCUGGCGCGGUCGAUGCGGACGAGGGCGGAAUCCAGCGGCGGUGGAACGGGGAUGACGAGAACGGAAAUCCUACAGGCGAAAGUCGCGACGGUGGGCAGGUUCGUGAAAUACUGACUGGCACGCUCGGCUUUACGCACUCGAAGCAUCGACCGCGCCUCGCUGGAGGCGGCGAGAACCUUCCACUAGAAAUCUUGCGGUCUCUUAGCGUGUGGGUAAGCGUGCUCGACGAGCGUGGCGUCAUGCCUGGGUCCGUGCUUGGUGGGAUGUAUGGAGGCUUGUCCGCUUUCGAGGAUAGCUUGUGCACUCUGGAAAGGAUAUUGACUACACCGUUGCCAUUUGUAUACUCCGUGCACAUUCGCACCGUCUGGAUCUAUCUCUUCUUUCUGCCCUUCCAGCUCGUCGACCUGUUCGGAUGGUACGCGAUACCCGGCGUGGGUAUAGCUGCGUUCAUCUACCUCGGUCUCAUCGCUGCGGGCGAAGAGAUUGAGCAGCCGUUCGGUGCGUGCCUCCCAUCUCAAUCCACCAGAUUCAACGAUCUCGAUCUCGACUUCUUCUGCCGCGCGAUCGUGCACGCAGACAUCGAGCGCCUCAAGCGCGUCGUCUGCCCGAACGUCUUCCUCGGCGCGCACCACGCAGGUGCACAGCUCCAGGCCAGCUCACGCACGUUCGCAACCGACCCACACACACGGGUGGAAGCAGUGUUUGGUGGUGGGCGGCAUGGCCUGUAACGUACGCACUUGCACAAGAUAAACUGUCUUUCACAACGUAUCCUGUAUCACGGCGAAGCAUCGUACUCAG